UAGUGUUGCAGAAAUUCUUGUUCCAUGUCCUUCUCAACUGUUAUGUCUGACUAUGAGCUAUGUCACUGCUUGCUCCUUUUGAUAUUGUGUAAAAUAACUACACUACCACAAUGUCUCUUGAGCAACGACCCGCUGGCCAGUGCUGAGCUGGGGGGCCAAGAUGAAGGCAGGAAAUGCCUGAAGAAAACCACACUGCUGUGACUGAGUUUGUUCUCUUGGGUUUCACUGACCGCUGGGAGCUGAAGUUUCCUUUGUUUGGACUCUUUCUGCUCAUCUAUGUCACCACGCUGGGGGGCAACACUGGCAUCAUCGUGCUUGUCCAGCUCAAUGCCUGUCUUCACACCCCCAUGUACUAUUUCCUGAGCAAUUUAUCUUUCUUAGACCUCAGCUAUGCCUCCACCAUUGCUCCCAAGCUGCUGGUGAAUCUCGUAGCGCAGCGCACCACCAUUUCCUUCUUUGGUUGUGCUACACAGAUGUUCCUCUUUGCUGCUCUGGCUGAUGCCGAGUGCUUCCUUUUGGCUGUGAUGGCCUAUGACCGCUACGUGGCCAUCUGUCAGCCUUUUCUCUACUCCGUUGCCAUGUCGCGCCGGGCCUGCGCCUCCAUGGUAGCCGGAGCUUAUCUCAGUGGGGGCCUGACCUCACUGGUACACACGUCUUUCACGUUCACCCUGUCCUUCUGUGGCUCCAACACCAUCAACCACUUCUUCUGCGACAUUCCCCCACUGCUGGAGCUCUCCUGCUCAAGCACCAUGGUCAACGAGGUACUUCUCAUCACCUUGUGCAGCUUCAUACAAACCAGCUCCUUCCUGGUCAUCAUUAUCUCCUACACCUGCAUCCUUGGCACCAUCCUCCGGCUCCACUCGGCAGAGGGCAGGCACAAGGCCUUCUCCACCUGCACCUCUCAUCUCAUGGCUGUUGGGUUCUUCUAUGGCUCCCUCCUCUUCAUGUACUUACGGCCCAGCUCCAGCUACUCGUUGGACACCGACAAGCUGAUUGCUUUGUUUUACACUGUCAUCCUUCCCAUGCUGAACCCCAUGAUCUACAGCUUGAGGAACAAGGAGGUGAGAGAAGCCUUAAGAAGGUCACUAGAGAGAAAAGUGUUUUCUCAGUCACUCUCUUAGCAGGAAAACUGCAUCUAAGUGCUGAUAGGGUAGCUCUGGCUCAGCGCUUUGCAAAGCCACUAAAUCUGUCUAAUACCUGUUCCUGCUGUUCCUAUCAUCUCCAUCUAAACUGGUUUCCACAGUUGUACUUUGUUGUUCCUGGAAAUAAAAAAGAGGUUAUGUAGUGAGUAGUUUCCUA